UUUCGCCGGCUCUUGGGCGGCUAGAGCGUCCUCCCGCGCUCUGUCGCGCUGCAGGUGACGGCGCCCGGAGGCUGUCGGGAAGUAGGCGGGGUGACGUGGGCUUGACGAGCCAGCGGCGGGUUUGCCGAGCUUAGCGGCAGGCAGCAGCUGGAGUUGGGGGCGGCCGGAGCCGGAGGUGGAGCGGGGCGGUGUGUGGCCGGGGCCAUGACGGGCAAUGCCGGCGAGUGGUGCCUCAUGGAAAGCGACCCCGGGGUCUUCACGGAGCUCAUUAAAGGAUUCGGUUGCCGAGGAGCCCAAGUGGAAGAAAUAUGGAGUUUAGAGCCUGAGAAUUUUGAAAAAUUAAAGCCAGUUCACGGAUUAAUUUUUCUUUUCAAGUGGCAGCCAGGAGAAGAACCAGCAGGCUCUGUGGUGCAGGACUCCAGACUCGACACGAUAUUUUUUGCCAAGCAGGUAAUUAAUAAUGCUUGUGCUACUCAAGCCAUAGUAAGUGUGUUACUGAACUGUACACAUCAGGAUGUCCACUUAGGAGAGACAUUAUCAGAGUUUAAAGAAUUUUCACAAAGUUUUGAUGCAGCUAUGAAAGGUUUGGCACUGAGUAAUUCAGACGUGAUCCGCCAAGUACACAACAGUUUUGCCAGACAGCAAAUGUUUGAAUUUGAUGCAAAGACGUCAGCAAAAGAAGAAGAUGCUUUUCACUUUGUCAGUUAUGUUCCUGUUAAUGGAAGACUGUAUGAAUUAGAUGGAUUAAGAGAAGGACCGAUUGAUUUAGGUGCAUGCAAUCAGGAUGACUGGAUCAGCGCAGUGAGGCCAGUCAUAGAAAAAAGGAUACAAAAGUAUAGUGAAGGUGAAAUUCGAUUUAACUUAAUGGCCAUUGUAUCUGACAGAAAAAUGAUAUAUGAACAGAAGAUAGCAGAGUUACAGAGACAACUUGCUGAGGAGGAACCCAUGGAUACAGAUCAGGGUGGUAAUAUGUUAAGUGCUAUUCAGUCAGAGGUUGCCAAAAAUCAGAUGCUUAUUGAAGAAGAAGUACAGAAAUUAAAAAGAUAUAAGAUUGAAAAUAUCAGAAGGAAGCAUAAUUAUCUGCCUUUCAUUAUGGAAUUGUUAAAGACUUUAGCAGAACACCAGCAGUUAAUACCACUAGUAGAAAAGGCAAAAGAAAAACAGAAUGCAAAGAAAGCACAGGAAACCAAAUGAAGAAGAUGCUUUGGGAUGAGUAUACAUUUCUGCUUCUGCACUUAUUUUCAUGGAAACCAUUAAGUAUAAAGAACUUUGAGCAACAUUCUAAUUGACUCAGUGCACGUUUGGCAAUAGUACCAGUCUGUCUUGUCUUUAAUGCAUGGAUCCGUAAACUUCUUCCGUACCUGCAUCAUGUGCAUGUAGUGCAUAUUAAAUAAAAGUGAUGUUAAGAGUACUUGCCGAAAUUCCAUUAUUUGACAUUGAAUCUGAGAACUCCUAUUUGUUCUCUGGAUAUACAACUAUCAUAAGGAACCCAGAAAGUACACAAAUGAUCUUCUCUUCCUGUAAUUGUUAUAAUUAAUCUUUCAAUCUUUUAGCUCAGUUAAAUGCUUAAAAUUUAUAAAUGUCAGAUCUUGAUUAAACUGAAUCUCUUGCUCUCAUUAUUAAUGAAAAAAAUCAGUAUUUCUGUCUUUGAUAGCUAAAUAUUUUGAGGAUUUAAAAACCAAAUUUUGUUUCCUAUGCCAGUUAUUUGAAAAAGCUUGAUGUUAAUGCAGAUCAUUUGAAAAGAACAGAAGUACAGUUUCUAAUGAUUUUCAUUGCUGUCAGUAGAAAAAGUAAUAAACAUCCCAAUUUUAUUUUAGCAAACUUUCUUCAAUUGUUUGGGGUUAUUUACUUAUGUAUUGUAGAAUUGUUUCAGGAAGGUCUAUUAUGUGUCAGAACAAAAUUUUAGGUUAAGAACAAAUUGUAAAUUUUAAAAGAUUUUUUGUGUUACUCUCAGUUUGGCAACAUUUUUUCGAGCUGUUAAGCUGUAUGUUUAUUAAAAAAAAAAUUGGAACUUUGA